UAAACAAACAUUUUCGCCGAAAAUUACAAAUUAAAUUAUCAAAAACGUAUAAUAAUUGAUGCUUCAAAGCCAAUUGUGAAAGGGCUUUCAUAAUUUAUAGUGUAAAUUUCAUCACAAAUGGCCGGCAAUAUGCAAAGGGUUGUGCAUUUGGAUCUCAAAGGAGCUCCACCCAAGAUUGACUUCUUAGAAAAGGUAUUGCUAGUUAUAAAGUCAUGUGGUGGUACGGGUGUGUUGAUUGAAUGGGAGGACACAUUCCCCUACACGGGUGAGCUCGCAGAUAUUGGCAGUCACGGGAAUAGUGGAGGAGACGGAGUCUAUAAACCGGAAGAAGUGCAGCACAUAUUUAAUUUCAUCAAAGCAAAUGGUUUAUUACCUAUUCAACUGAUCCAAACCUUCAGCCACCUGGAGUUUGUGCUCAAACACCCCAAGUUUGCGAAGCUGCGGGAACUCCACGAGUCUCCGGCCUGCCUCUGCCCAUGCAAGCCAGAUUCCCUGCCGUUGGUGACCGCUAUGGUUGAACAGGCCUUGAACGCUCAGCCGGACGCAGAAUAUGUACAUAUUGGGGCCGAUGAGAUAUGGCAUCUCGGAGUGUGCCCAGACUGCCAGACCAGGAUAGCAGGCGACGUCGACGGAACCGCUGUCCUAUACCUGGACCACAUCCAAGCUGUGGCCAACUACAUACGGAGCAUACGACCGAAUAUCACUAUAUUAAUGUGGGAUGACAUGUUGCGUGGAAUCAAGACGGAUAUUCUGUUGCGAUACGACCUAGGCAGCAAGGUCCAGCCAGUAAUCUGGGACUACAGCCCCAAGGAAGUGUUUCACAUCGGCGCUUCCCGCUGGAAUGUCUACAGCCAGUUGUUCCCGAGGGUGUGGGCCGCGUCGGCCUUCAAAGGCGCCAGUGGGGCUAACCAGAUAUUGGCCUCCACGUACCGCUAUGUGAGCAGCAACGAAGCGUGGCUCAGCGAGAUCAAACACAACGCUUCAAGCACCGUGUUCGCUGGCAUCAUACUCACUGGCUGGUCUAGGUAUGACCACUACGCCACGCUAUGCGAACUGCUGCCGGUAGCAAUGCCGAGUCUGGUCAGCUGUCUCAGUUUGCUGACCAAACCUGAAGAUGUGCCUAUUGAAACUAUAAUGUACGAGACCCUACCCCCUUCGUCUUGGCCAGGCAUGCAGUUUGCGACUACCCUCCACAAGUUUGCUGUUCUGAAGGAACAUGCCAACCAGUUUCUGAAUGGAGAGGUUGUGGGAUCGUGGUUUAACCCUUGGCAGAUUGAGAACAGCUAUACCAAUCCUUAUAAAGUGGUACGCAUCGCAUCGGCAGCAAGGCAGUUCAUGACAGAACUAGCCGCUCUUCAAUCAGACCUAGCCCUUGGCAUCAGUACCAUAACCGGCCAACGAAGUUCCGAAGAGUGGAUGAAGACAUACGUGUGCCCCAUCAUGACCAGGAUAUCGGAUCUCGUGAAGGCAGCCGAAGCCAGAAGCAAUUCCGAACCGAGCGUCAGUCCGUCGAAUAAUUUGUACUUGUGGAAUAAUAACGUGCAGUGAACUGAUGGUUUGUAAGUAAGGGUCUACUUAUCAUAAUUUAAUGAGGGCUAUCGUUAAACAGUGGCAAUAAUGAGGGCUAUCGUAUUAGCGCUCACCAGUUGGCGCCACUGUAGAGUAAGGUCCUGUCACUUGCUAGUAGCGAAGACAGUGGCGCCAACUGGUGAGCGCGAAAGUUGUAGGAGGACUAUCGCAUUUGCACCCAUCAAGAUGGCGCCACUGUAGAGUAAGGUCCUGUCAAUCGCCAGGGGUGCCAACUGUUGAGUAUAAAAACGAUAGCCCUCAUUAGUGAGCGCUGAAGCGGUAGGAGGACUAUCGCAUUUGAACUCACCAGGAUGGCGCCACUGUAGAGUAGGCUCAUGUCAAUCGACAGUAGUGCCAACUGUUCAGUAUAAAAAUCCAUUAUAGCGCUGUCAUCGGCCAGCGAAGUUCCGAAGAGUGAAUGAAGACAUACGUGAGCCCCAUCAUGAUCAGGAUAUCUGAUCUUGUGAAGGCAGAAUCUAUAAGCAAUUUUGAACCGAGCGUCAGUCCGUCGAACAAUUUGUACUUGUGCAAUAAUAACGUGCAGUGAACUGAGGGUCAAACUGGUCGCGUCAUGUGUGGUCUCUCAACGGAAUCUAUGGCAGAAACU